AUGGGUAGCAUGGUAGGUAUGAUGUCGGGUAUGGGUGGCAUGCCGGGCAUGACGCCAGGGAUGGGAGGUACGAUGGGCAUGUCCGGGAUGGACGGCAUGAUGGAGAUGGGCGGCAUGCCAACAAUGAUGGGUGUACUGGGCAUGGGAGGUAUGUCGGGGAUGGGUGAUAUGGCGAGCGCAAUGGGCGGCAUGAUGGGUGGAAUAAGGCCGUCUGUGAUGCCCUACACAAUGGCACACAUGGGCCAACCCUUCAUGAUGGGUGGUGCGGGCAGCCGCAUGAGCAACAUGAUGGGCAACAUGGGCAAUCGCAUGAGCGGUGCGAUGGGAGGUAUGCGCAAUAAAAUGGGCGAGGGUACGAGCCGGAUGGGUCGUAAGAGCAGAAUGUCCUCCUCCAGCCGUACCGAAAAGCCCGCCUCCCCUUCCACCGAUACGGAUGAAGAUGUUGACGACGAGGAGGACAGGGAGGAGGAGUAAGCCACUCGCCCCAACUAUCCCAUACUUCCCAUUCCCCACGUUGUAUCUUUAAGAAAAAAAACCAUAUUCAUUUCCCUCAUCUUUCGCUUUCCUCAUCUUUAUUUGUAAGGUGGUUUCCCAUUAAGUUUUUCGUCCUCAUUACCAUAGUUUAGAAACCACUUGUUCCUUUAUUUUCUGGAGUAAUGCAAUCACCAUAAAUGACA